CUCAAGCCUCUCUCUCUCUUUCUCGGCUUAUAUUAGCUGCCAUCCCCCCUCCACAGUUCUUCUUCUAUCUUGAGCUGCACCGCUAGUGGAUCGAUCCAUCCAUCCAUCCAUGGGAGAUCCCUACACGAAUUUCUUGAGAGGCUACAGCCUGCGCUAUUCCAACCCAGCUUCUUCCUCCUCCUUUCCCAGCUACGCCUCCUACCUCCACCACCCACCACCUCCCUCGUCCCCUCCCAUCAGGGAAGCCCUCCCCCUCCUCAGCCUCACGCCCUCCUCCUCAACCCACCAUCAACACCAUGAUGAUGAAGAAGAUCACAAGGACAAGCUCAUCACCACAGCCUCCUGCAGCAACCAAGCUGCAGAAACUGCUGAUCAGGGAGCCGGGGAGGUCACCGUGGCCCUACACAUAGGCCUUCCCAGCCCCAGCCCCUCCGACGCAGCAGCCGGCCACCAUCAGGAACAAGAUGCAGCAGCAGGCGGAGCUGAGGAGAGAAGCGAGAAGCAGCAGGAGGAAGGAGAAGAGGAAGGGGAAGCGGAGGAGGAGGAGGACGGGAGCACGAUGGCGCUGGGGGUGGGGUGCGCGUCGCUGGGCGUAGGGAGGCUGACCAAGGGGCAGUACUGGAUCCCCACCCCGUCCCAGAUCCUCAUUGGACCCACGCAGUUCUCCUGCCCCGUCUGCUACAAGACCUUCAACAGAUACAACAACAUGCAGAUGCACAUGUGGGGUCACGGGUCACAAUACCGGAAGGGGCCCGAGUCCCUGCGCGGGACGCAGCCGACGGCGAUGCUCCGGCUGCCGUGCUACUGCUGCGCGUCGGGGUGCCGGAACAACGUCGACCACCCGCGCGCCCGCCCGCUCAAGGACUUCCGCACCCUGCAGACCCACUACAAGCGGAAGCACGGCAUCAAGCCCUUCAUGUGCCGCAAGUGCGGCAAGGCCUUCGCCGUGCGCGGCGACUGGCGCACCCACGAGAAGAACUGCGGCAAGCUCUGGUACUGCGCCUGCGGCUCCGACUUCAAGCACAAGCGCUCCCUCAAGGACCACAUCCGCGCGUUCGGCCGCGGCCACGCCCCCUGCGGCAUCGACUGCUUCGACCUUGACGACGACGACCGCGACCCCUCCUCUGAGGUCGACCACGCGGCCGUCACCACCGCCGCCGGCGCCGGAGCUGGCGUUGUUGGGAGCGACCAUCGCCACUGGAAGAGCAACUGA